AUGACCGCACAGCACCAUGGGCGCCCAUCUGCUCUGCGACCUCGGUGCCUAUGGCCAGAUUGUAUUCGCCGCAGCAGCGAAGACGGUUACUGCGCAAAGCAUGCUUCUAUGGACAGAGGCGCUGACCCGCCUAGCUCAGCAGUGCCCAGGGCACCGCGUCCUGUGCCGGCAAUGAUGCGACUUCGAAGCACUUUCGGCAACAUGUUCGCCGCUACAAUGCUGCUCUGUCGUUUGUGUCAUUUGGGGCUUCGGUGGAGAUUAAAUCAAGUACUCCAGGCACACAAGCACCACCUGUUGCCGUUAUUCACGGAGCUGUCUAUCACCAUUCGCAUCCACUUCGUGCAGAUGAUCCUGCCAACGCACGUUUUGCCCAGCUUUAUUUAUACGAUGCUGCCACUUUCCGGACUUGCUGCCAUCAACACUUUGAAAUUGCAUCCAACUGGGCAAGGCCACUGCGAGCAGACUAACCGGCUCCAGGUUCCGUUGUAA